UUCUCUGCCUCUUCUGCUGCUGCUGCUUCUGCUCCAGUGUCUGGUUGGCUUCCACUCCUCGCGCGCGCUCGUAGCCCGCAUUGGUGGAGGCGGCGGAGGGGCUCGGAUCCGGCUGCCGCGGCGGGGGGAGGUCAGGCAUGUGUGCAAUCGUCAAGAGGUUCCUGGUUUGACUAGAAAGCAAAGACUGGCGGUGUACGGCUUGAGGUUUUGAUUGUGGUUGUCAGGAAUGGAAGCACCACCGGAGACCUCAAAGCCGGCGGAGGCUAAACCGUCAAAGACCCGGCUGUCUGUGCCCACCGGCAGGUUUGCAUUGGGGACAGCUUCUUCAAUCAAGAAGCGGACUGAUGUUGCUCCCUCAGCCGAGUUGGGGAUGUCAAGGUCAUCGUUGACGAAGUCUACCUCGUCUAUGAAUGCUGCUCCAGUUCAGAGAAGAAGCAGCACAGGAAGUGCGGGGAAGCAACAGGAUAAUGGGAGCUCAGUUGUUGCUAAGAAAGCUAGUCCUUCUCUGUCAGAUGGGGUGAAGAAGAGUAAACCAGUGACAGCCUCCAUGGUCAGCUCAAAAUCAUCACUGGAAAAGAAGUCAUCUGUGCAGUCUGAGAGGGCCAAGGUGGAUGCGAUGAAGAAGCCUGCUGUUAAGUCAUCACCAAUUUCUACUCUGAAGAAAGUCCCAUCACUGACAGAGAACUCCAGCAGUAGCGCUAGCAGCAGCUUCAGGAGAGCAGCCUCAAAUGCUACUCUCAACUCACCACGGUCACCUUCAGUGACAAGCAGCGUCACGAAAAAAGUGGGUUCUCGGACAUCGUCGAUGGACAAGGGUUCUUCCAUGCCUAUUCGGAAGAAGAGCUCGACUGCUGAUAGCCGUGAUUCACGGUUUAUGAUGCUGCCCCAGGUGGAUUUGAAGGCUAGUGAUGAAGUGAGACUUGAUUCAAGAGGUCAUAGGGUACGAACUCUGAAGCAGUUGAGAUUAACACCUGUACUUGAAUUUGUUUAUCUCAGGGACAAUCGUCUAUCAAGUUUGGAGGGUAUUGAGAUUCUCAAAGGGGUUAAGGUUCUUGACUUGAGUUUUAAUGAAUUUAAGCUCCCUGGGUUUGAGCCCCUUGAGAAUUGCAAACUUCUCCAGCAACUUUAUCUCGCUGGAAAUCAAAUAACAUCCCUUGCUACCCUUCCCGAGCUUCCUAACUUGGAGUUUCUCUCUGUUGCUCAAAAUAGGUUGAAAUCACUCUGUAUGGCUAGUCAGCCUCGACUUCAAGUACUAGCAGCCAGCAGAAACAAAAUAUCAGUUUUGAAGGGAUUUCCGCAUUUGCCUUCUCUGGAGCAUUUACGUGUUGAGGAUAAUCCACUUCUUGAGAUGCCACACUUGGAGGCUGCUUCUAUUCUGCUUGUAGGCCCUACCUUGAAAAAGUUCAAUGACCGGGAUCUGAACCCCGGUGAGGCUGAAGUUGCGAAGCAAUAUCCUGCUCAUACAGCUAUUUGCAUUCGUGAUGGUUGGGAAUUUUGCUCUCCUGAACUUGCUGCUGAUUCAACAUUUUCCUUCCUACUUGAGCAAUGGAAGAAUAAGUUGCCGCAAGAUUUGAUAGUGAAGAAAGCUCAUGUUGACCAUCCAUUUGAAGAAGAUCCCUGUCAUUGCCAUUUUAGCUUCACAAAUCAGUGUGAUGAGGGUGAACUAGUCCUCAAAUAUCAGUGGUUUAUAGGUGACAAGACACCAACUGAUUUUGUGCCUCUUCCUGAAGAAUUAAGUGAGGUAUACUGGCCAAAGCGUGAAGAUGUUGGAAGAUGUCUGAAAGUUGAAUGCACUCCAAUAUUGAAUGAUGCUGAAUUCCCGCCCAUCUUUGCUGUUUCCUUACCUGUUUCUCCAGGUACUGGUUGUCCAAAGGUCAUCAAUCUGACGGUCCAUGGUGAUUUGGUGGAAGGAAAUGUACUCAGGGGUGUUCCUGAGAUUGCCUGGUGUGGUGGGAUGCCAGGAAAAGGUGUUGCAAGUUGGUUAAGGAGAAGAUGGAACGGCAAUGCUGUUGUAAUAGAUGGAGCUGACAGGAUGGAAUAUCAGCUAACCCUAGAUGAUAUCGAUUCAAGUUUGGUAUUUAUGUACACCCCUGUUACAGAAGAUGGUGUUAAGGGAGAGCCCCAAUGUACAAUGACAGAUUUUGUAAAGGCUGCCACACCAUCAGUCAGCAGUGUACAUGUUGUGGGAGACAUUGUUGAAGAUAACACAAUCAAAGGGAAUGGAAAGUAUUUUGGUGGCAAAGAGGGAUUAAGCAAAUUCCUCUGGUUUAGAGAGAAGGAAAAUGGGUAUGACCGUAUGAGCCAUACUGCCAUUAGUUUGUCAUCUUUGAGUAUUGAUAAAACACCUUUAUGUGAAUUUCUUCUAGUGCUAUCAAAUAGCACGGAGUACACGCUAACAAAGGAGGAUGUGGGUCGGCCCCUCAAAUUUGUAUAUGUUCCCAUCAACCUUGAAGGUCAGGAGGGUGAAGCUGCUUAUGCUAUGACAGAUGCAGUUAAGAAAGCACCUCCAAAAGUCUUGGAUUUGAAGAUAGUUGGGGAAGCAAGAGAAGGAAGCAAGGUGUCUGCUACUGCUACUGUCAAAGGUGGCACUGAAGGGUUCAGCAGGGUUCAAUGGUUCAUAGGAUCUUCAUCCAAAUUUUUAAAUGAGAAUGAACUCAGAGUCCUCACUACAUCUAAAGUUUCUAAGACAUUCCGCAUUCCUCUCAGUGCUGUUGGAUAUUAUAUUGUUGCAAAGUUUACCCCCAUGGCACCUGAUGGUGAAACUGGUGAACCAGCCUAUGCUGUGUCUGCUGAUGUUGUGGAAAUGCUACCACCCAGCCUGAAUUUUUUGACAGUCACUGGUGAAUUCUCAGAGGGCCAAAUGUUGACAGCAUCAUAUGGUUACAUUGGGGGACAUGAAGGCAAUAGUUUAUUUAGUUGGCAUCUUCAUGAGACUGAGGAUGAUGAAGGCAGUCUGGUUUCAGAGGCAUCAGGUCUGCUACAAUACCAAGUUACAAAGGAAGCUGUUGGAAAGUUCCUUUCUUUCAAAUGCGUACCUAUUAGGAAUGAUGGUAUACUUGGUGAGCCAAGAGUUUUCACAGGAAAGGACAGAGUCACACCAGGAAGGCCAACAAUACUUUCUCUUGAACUAACUGGUGAGGCCAUUGAGGGGACCACAAUGGUUGCCAGCAGAAGAUAUUGGGGAGGAGAAGAAGGGGAGACCAUAUUCCGUUGGAUAUUGACUAGUUCAGAUGGAUCACAAAAACAAAUUGAAGGGGCUGCAAGUUCAUCAUACACCUUGAACUGUAAUGAUAUUGGCUUUUACAUAUCUGUCUUGUGUGAGCCUGUUAGAAGUGAUGGAGUUCAUGGUUCUUUGGUGUCAACAGAAGAGUCUGGUCCUAUCUUACCUGGACCACCUACAUGCUUAUCUCUUGAGUUAGCUGGCCCUAUGGUUGAAGGUGGCUGUUUGACCUUUCAUGCUGAGUAUACAGGAGGUUUCAAGGGAGACUGCAUCCAAGAAUGGUUCAGAUUACAUUCUGAUGGCAGCAAAGAGAAAUUGUCUACUGAUGAAUGUCUAGAUCUUACUCUAGACGAUGUUGAUUCGCGCAUUGAGCUUAUAUUCACACCUGUACGAGAUGAUGGAUCACAAGGGUCACCUAAGAGUGUUCUAUCGGAUACAAUUCUACCUGGGGACCCCAAGGGUGUUGAUCUUGUUCUACCAGAGUGUUUUCAAGACAAUGAAAUUUCUCCAAUCAAAACCUACUUUGGUGGUAAGGAAGGCACUGGAAAAUAUACAUGGUACCGAACUAAAGAGAAGCUUGACAACUUGGAGGCUGAUCUGGUGGCUUCAUGUUCUGAAGUUGGAGUAAAUUUGAUGUACAAACCUUCGUUAGAUGAUGUUGGUUUCUACUUGAUUCUUCACUGGGUUCCUGCACGAUAUGAUGGAGAGAUCGGUGACCCGUUGGUGGCUGUUACCAGUGACCCUGUCAUGGCAGCAUUUCCAUCUGUUUCGGAUGUUCACUUGAAGCAGAAAAGUUCAUUGUUGUAUAGCGGAACAGGAGUCUAUUAUGGUGGAUAUGAGGGGUCAAGCUUGUAUAAGUGGUACAGGGAAUCUAGUGAUGGAACCAGGCAUUGUAUAGAUGGUGCUGAUUUAAUUAUAUAUGAAGUGACAGAUGCAGAUUAUAGCCGCCGUCUACUGUUUGGGUACAUUCCCGUUCGUUCUGAUGGGAUCAUUGGAGAAGAAAGGCUCUCUGAGCCAUCUGAUAUAAUUCUCCCUGAACGACUUAAAAUCGAAGCACUCUCUUUCAAGGGAAAUCAGGUUGAGAGAGAGACACUGACUGUUCUUGAACAAAUUCCAAGCACUGCAGUUCAACAACAUCUAUGGAGUAACUACAAGAAAGAGAUAACAUAUCAAUGGUUUGCUUCCAGUGGAUCUGAAGUGGAUCAGACUUUUGAGCCACUGGCUAACCAGUGCUCUCGCUCAUACAAAGUACGUUUCGAAGAUAUUGGCCGAUGCCUGAAAUGUGAAUGCUCAGUCUCUGAUGUAUUUGGACGAUCCAGCGAAUUGAUAUCCAUUGUGACUGCUCCGAUCUUACCAGGAAAACCUAAAAUUGAAAAACUGGAGAUUGAAGGAAGAGGUUUCCACACUAACCUGUAUGCUGUUCGGGGUACCUAUUCUGGAGGCAAAGAAGGCAAGAGCAAAAUCCAAUGGCUCAGGUCUAUGGUUGGAAGCCCAGAUCUUAUCUCUAUACCUGGCGAAAUUGGAAGAACAUAUGAAGCCAAUGUUGAUGAUGUAGGUUAUAGACUUGUUAUCAUUUAUACACCUGUGAGAGAGGAUGGAGUUGAGGGACAACCUAUCUCUGCUUCAACGGAGCCAAUUGCAGUUGAGCCUGAAAUUUACAAGGAGGUGAAGCAGAAGCUUGAUGAUGGAUCUGUCAAGUUUGAGGUUUUGUGUGACAAGGACAGAACACCAAAAAAGGCACAAGUGAUGGGACAUUUGGAGCGAAGAAUUUUAGAAGUGAAUAGGAAGAGGAUCAAAGUUGUAAAGCCUGGAUCCAAGGCAUCAUUCCCAACUACAGAAGUGCGAGGAACAUAUGUUCCACCCUUCCAUGUUGAGCUAUAUCGCAACGAUCAGCACCGCUUCAAGAUUGUUGUUGAUGGUGAGAGCGAAGUUGACUUGAUGGUGCAAACUCGGCACAUGCGAGACGUCAUCAUUCUGGUGAUUAGAGGUCUUGCUCAAAAGUUCAACAGCACAUCUCUCAACUCACUCCUCAAGAUAGAAGCAUGAAGAUCGAGUUGCCAACCUGAUAUAACUUACAGUAUGAAACCGAUUAGAAAAGGUUGUUCAGUAUCGAUUCAAGUUGUUUAGUUUGGAGGAUGUGUAAUAUUUAUAGGAUUUGGAGCGUGGCAGCUUUUGUGUAUGGGUGUGGUUGAGUGUGUUAAAGUUUUUCUUUUUCUCAAAUCAGGAGCGGGUUGCUCUUCUGACCCUGGUUUUCCAUACUCAUGAAAUGUACAUAGGAAAGGGAGGGUUGGUGAUAUGGUGUUGCAUUAAUAUACAAGUUGUGUAUGCAAUUCUCAUAUUAGGCUAUAUGAUUGAUUGGGAAGAUUUUCUGUUUUUUUUGGCUCGUCA